UUGGUUGCUGUUCAGUUCAGUUCAAAAUUUCAUAUUACUUGCCUGUGUUAAAUAAUAAUUGUGUGUGCUUUCUGGGAUAUUUAUUGUAACAUAUACUUGGACAUAAAUAUUUCAAUUGAUUUUAGAUUGUAUAAUCUUGUUUGUUGAAAGUGAAUUAUCAAAAUGGCGACAUCUGCAUUUUCUAGAAAUUUUGAUUUGGUUAAAUAUUAUUGUUGUACAAUCUGCGAGAAAGAACGGUCUGUAGAAAUAGAUGCAGAAUUUUACUGUAAAAAAUGUCGCAAGUAUUACUGCAAACCGUGUAUUCAAUCUCAUAGACAGCAUGGUUGGUGGUUUAAUAAAAAAUCUCCUUAUGGAAAGGAUAAAAUAAUGAAGUGGCCACGUUCUAAGAAGAUGGAGAAUUAUCUCAUAACAUGUGACAUACACAAGGAUGAAAAAAUAACAAUAUUGUGCAAUAGCCAUAGUGAGCUGUGCUGCUCCAGUUGUGUUGAGCUUAAUCACAGCCAGUGCAGUAAAGUGACUCCAAUUAAUGAGCUGACUGACAUGCAGCCCACAGACCUACAGGGACUGUCAGUGGAGCUGGAAACUGUUCUGGGAGAAAUCAAAAGCCUUCAGAUCAGUCAGGAGCUCAGUGUUCAGGCAUUGCUAAGAACAUAUAAGGAACAUGGGGCAGUCAUGAUAGAACAAAUGCGUGGCAAUUUAAAUUUUAAUAUAGAUGAUAUAGAUGAGUGUGGUAAUAGUUAUGUGAGUACAUCGGGCGGACAUGAGCAAUAUUUAAAAGAAGAGAUGUGUAGGAGUGUUCUUUUUAUCUUGAAUGAAUUUGAUAAUAUUACUGUGAAGGAACUAAACGAGAUGAGAGAUGAAGUUAUAAGCAUAAAAGGGUCAAUUACAAGUUCUAUUCAUAAAUGCACCAGUCUUCACAAUGACUUGUCACAUUUCCAUGAAUUUGUUCAGAAAAUUGGAGAUAAUAAGGAGCUCUGCCUUAUAGCCAGCAUAAAAUGUAAGCAUAUAAUACAGCAGGCAUUAACUCUGCUAGGAAAGUCAGGCAAGGCGUUUAAUGUCCAGAGUAAUACUAAGCACAAUGUGAGAAUACCAAGUGAUUCAUAUAAUUGUAUUAUCUCAGGCAUAUGUGUUCUGACUGAUGGGCAGGUACUGGUUGUAGACUGGAAAAAUCAGAAUGUCAAGCUGCUGAACCAGCAGUACCAGGUGGUGAGUCACUGGGAUGUGAAUGCUCGGCCAGUUGACAUUUGUUUGAUCACACCCAGUGAGGUUGCAGUGGCUGUGAAUGACCAUGAUAGCAAGAUACAUGAGGUCCAGUUUAUCACUGUCAACCAGGGAAAGCUUGUUUCUGGCAGGAAGUUUCAGUUACAACAUGAAUGUACAUGUAUUACCCAUCACCAAGGAGACCUUUUUGUCACCUCUGGUCAAGAACUGUACAAAUACUCACUGAAUGGCAAACUGAUCUACAGACUCUACCAAUAUAGAUCAGCUGAUUGGACAGUAUACAGGUGUGCUGUGAGUCCCACAGGAGACAGGCUGUACAUCACCAACUACCAGCAGGACAAGCUUCUCACCCUGGCCAGGGAUGGCACACUCCUGGCUACAUACUCAGACCCAGCACUAGAGGGCCCACAUGGUCUACAUGUGACCCCUGCAGGCCAGGUGCUGGUCUGUGGAUGGCCCCACACUGUACUACAGGUGGGCUGGGAGGGAGAGAGUAAGCUGGCUAAUCUUGCUACUGAGGAGGAUGGAGUGUGGUACCCAGUGUCAGUCUGCUACAGCAGCACAACAUCCUCCAUCAUUGUGGGACAGAGGUGGAACGACAACAUCCUGGUGUUCAGAGUGGAAUAGUGUGUACAUUGGCUGCUGAGUCAGGGCAACAAUGAUGAGGAUGUGGUGGACAAGAAUGACCUGAGUACGCAGAAGCAACUGCUCAGCACAGAAGAUGACUGUCUGACGAAGGCUCAGCCGUAUCACAGUCCAGUAAUGUGGGGGGAUGAUGCGGUCGUUCCAUGUCGCACCAUGAAAGACAUUUUAGCUGACACUUGCAAGGAAGGGAAUUGAAGAUCUGCAACAGCAGUGAGCAUGAGCAUUGUUAUCAAGUUGACAUCGCAAUGGCACCAGUCGGACCCCCAGGAACCUCAGUCCAGGACAACCCUUCCCCUCCCAUGACCCAUAGCUCCACCCCUUUGACCUCCUGCCUCAAAGCUUCGUUGAACAAUACCAUUCUGCUGGAAUGUCUGAGCAUGUUGAGUUUUCACAAGCUGUUCUCAACAACAGGACAACCCUUCCCCUCCCAUGACGCAUAGCUCCACCCAUUUGACCUCCUGCCUCAAAGCCUCGUUGAACAAUACCAUUCUGCUGAAAUGUCUGAGCAUGUUGAGUUUUCACAAGCUGUUCACAACAACUGCCGCGUCCGUGCUGAUCGAUAAGCACUCGAGCCUGAGUAGUUUGGAUAACUUGUUACAUGCUUUGUGGGACUAACAGAGCAACAGCGAAUAAUGUGAGAAAAUCAAGAAACAGGUAAAGAGUUAAAAUUGGAAGCAUAAGCUAUCCACGGGGGCUACUUUUGAUUUCAAUAGUAGAAGCAUAAUGGACCAUCCUGAUUUGUCCUCUAAUGCGUCCAAAAUGUUCAAAACAAACAUGCUUUUUACGCAGUUGCUGACAAAAAAACUUUGUUAUGAACACUCAUAGCAUGAUGAAUACAUCGGGUGUGGUUCAGGCGCAAAUACUGCCCAUCAUCGUUAACAAGGUGCUUAAGGUGCAUCCAUCAGGGUUGUUACAAGUACUUCACACUCUGAGACAAAACGGCCUUGCAUUGAAUAGACACUAGAUGAGGCGUUGAAAAAUGACAGCAGUUUUGUUGUGUGGUCAAGUAUGACCUUUGACUCUCAACCCGACAUUAGGUAGAACUCAAACUCGGCCCUCAGCAAUAUCAGCGAGGCUAGCAGUUUUGUUGUUUGGUCCAGUAAGCCCUUUGACUCUCAACCCGACAUUAGGUAGAACUCAAACUCAAUCCUCAGCAAUAUCAGCGAGGCCAGCGUGUCAUCUCGCCUUCUUCAGCCUCAGCAACCAUUAUUAGCCAACAAGACAAACAUUGUUGAGGUAAAUGUCUAUGGCAAUCCGCACCCCCUUCUUGCACAAAUACUAUAACUCGCUCAAGAAAUUCAGCACGGGGACAUUUUGCUUCAGUCUAGCAUGCCACCUAUGAUCAUCUUCUCCCAUGUUGGAUACAUCAACACUUUGAACAGCAGAGCCUUGGUGAGUCCGACUUCCGACCCAGCAGCGAUGUUGCUUAGCAACAAUUCCAUGCUGGGUAUGGAAAACUUGUUCCAGACGAGUUGCUCGAGUAGAAACGAUCUGCUACAGCAGAUAGAGCAGGCGUUGAGUGACUUUCUGUAAAUAUGACUGACCUUGAUAUGUUGAUCUCGAAUAAUGUGAACCUGAUGCCUGUGAUGCAGUCUGUGAUUGACGCCAUUUAGCAGCAGCUGUUACCUGACAUGCCCGGGCUUGGGGUGGCGACUACGGCACCUGGACUUGCACCAUCUCUGUCUGUAUCCCAUUAACGGCAGCUGCAGCAUUAACAACAACAGGACAUCUUGCCAAUGAACAUGGUGCCCUUUCCGGAAUGAACAGUGCCACUGCGACUAACGUGACCCUUCAGAGAAAUAGAAUUUUAGGACCAAUAUCACCCCAGUAUCAAUCAGGGCUCCAACAACAGCCGCCCCCAGUCCAAGCCUUGUGAGCCUUUGGGAAGGGGUCAAGAUGCCCACAAGGUCUCAACUCUGUUUGUCCCGAGGCUUCUUCCAGCAGCAGUGGAACAACAUGGCAUCCCAGCAGGGGAUAUCACACUAUAACAACGGUCACCUAUAAUUGUCUGGUGGCGUUCAGCUUCAGACGUUGCAAAAUCAGCUUUAUUCGUUCAGCGAGCCCACAGUAUCCAAACAACAAAGCCACCCGCACAGGAACAACAACAACAUCACGCGGAUCAGCCAUCUCAAAUGUCCAAUAUCUGAAACACAACAACUUUCCAGCUGAGAGGCCCAUUAUGGAGAUACCAAAACACCAAGAUACCAAGCCGCGGCUUGCUACCAUGCUCCGUGUCCACCCCACCCAAACUUAGACCCCUCUGUCUUCAACCAUGCCACAUAACCAUAGGGGAGUUAACCAGGACUUGAACCAAAACAGGGACUUUAACUGUGAGACAGUUUGGAAGGUCCUGAAACAAUACUUCUCGUUCAGAACUGCUCAGGAGGGACGGUACUCUCUGUCAGAUUUUCUGGGGGCGUCCUUGUCUUCAAUUCAGUCCCCGGUGUCCACUCUGGUUCCAUGGGAAUGUACUCGAAUCUCCAGUAGAGCUACCAAAACCAACAAAGCAACUACCCGCAGCCAAAGCUAGUUUACCCUUAAACAUUUAGCACGGCAGGGAAAUGCAAAAGGCCAAACCAUGCCUCAGCCAAAUGGCAGCAGCAUAAACGCUUAUCCGGGGCAGUCCGGUUUGUCGCAAAGUGAGCCCAAAAUGUUUGGCACCCCAGUUACAUCACGAGGUUAUGUAAAAAAUUCAGAGUGUUUAAGAACAAACCCUGAACCCACCUUUCGGAGCAGGAAAUCUUAGCGAGGAACAAUUAUGGUGGAUAUCAAACCUGCCCAGACAAAAAAAAAAACUCAGGCACACCAACAGUUUUCAACGCCGCAACCUUAAGCAGAAGAAAAGAAAUGCUGACUAGAAGUUUGUUGAGGAUGGACACGGAGGAAAAUGGAUAGAAUUAAGCUAUAAGACAAGUUAGGAUGGUGAAAUAAAUCAUGUCAUACCUGUAUCAGCUAGAGUUGAAACCUUUUAUAGUGGAUGUUGUCGCUCCUAGGGAGUGUACAGAAGAAACGCAGGAUGGUGCUUUUUGUAGUUCAAUGAAGGGUUAGAGGUUCAUGAACGUGUAUCAAGCCAAACCUCUGUUUGUAUAAUGCCAAGAGCCUGUCUAAGACUAAUCGGGGACGAUACUUUUGCCCAGACUAGAUUUCUCGGUUGGAAAAGACUACAUUUAAACAAAAUUUCCUUUAAAGCAGAGAGUUUUGUCACUGAUAAGGACUGCAUUUGCUACCCGGCACUUUACUUUACUCACAUGAAUUAAGCACGGUUUUCCCAGUGACAGGCUCGUCCAAUAUUGAACAUUUAACAUUUACAUUUGAAUCAUUCAUGCAAAGUGGCUGCUUGAUCAAGCUAGCACAAAAUCUUAAUAUUAUUCAUUGAGACCUUGACAUAUUACUGCCCGCCAGUACAAAGAUGGAUUGAAUAGACAAUAACCGGUUCAGGGCAUUUGGAUUGUACUACAGUAACAUGUUGUAAAGUUUUUAGGUGAUAACAAUUGACUUAGUAUCCACUAUUAAAUAAUUGUUGCAGACAUUGAUCUACACUCAUCAAAGUAUUUUUGUUUUGUUGUAAUAUAAAAUGUAACAAUAUUAAAAUGGACGAGAUGCAAAUACGAUAAGUAUUAUAUAAUAGCUAAUGUGCAAUGUAUUGUUUACAGUAAAGUUGGCAGACAAUAGUGUUGAAAUGUCUCAAAUUGCAGACUUUAAAUGUAACAAUAUUAAAUAGUGAUUAUAGGCAGUUAAUGUGUUCUCCAGAUGUCAGAGGAAUAUUCUGUUACGUUUGGAAGAUAGGAUACAGUCAUAAGAAAGUGUAUUCAUUUCAUGCAUAGUAAUUGUUUUAUGUUUCGAUGUUACGUGAAGUUGAUAUUAUACUUGUGUUCAAUGUAUUAUUUCACUCAUGUGGAUUAUCAUAGUAAUAACACAUACUUAUGUGCGCUAUACUAUUUAAUGAUGUUACUAUGCUGGUGGCUCAAGUAAGACUGUAUCAGUCUCGUGGCUUGUGCUAUUUCGCGUCACACUCGAGGCUCGCAUCUCGUGUGAUACGUCAUUACACAAGUCACUCGACGGAUACAAACUCUUUGAACAAUCGACUAGCGUAAUAUUCCGCUUAUAAAUCUGUUUUGUAUAUGUCAACAAGUAAAGUAUUUCAGCUUAGGUUUGAAAUAAAAAUUAAACGACACAUUGUUAACUAAAAAGUUAUCAAUGGUUUCGUCAGAAAAAUACUGCAGGAUAUUUAUGUCAGGAGUACCAACACAGAAAAACAAUAUCUUAACAUCCUUUUUCUUGAAAUGAAAAGUAACACAUUUAGAUUUAGAAAAUGGUUUGCUAUUCUAAUCUAGAAAUGUAUUUUAAAUAGGUAAGGUCUUCUCAUGAUUAAGUAUAUAAUUGAUUUGAAAUACUGGAAAUAUAAUUAACGUCGUGAUACAUAUAUAGUAUAAUAAAGCAAAGUAUUUUUUAACGAAACUCAUAUCAUAAGAUUUGUAUAUACAACAUGUACUCACUUCAUGUUGACGAAAUGCUUAUUCUUUUUGAAAAAAUACCGUCUGCAGUCAAAUUAGUUUUGUUGAUUUUGUAUACAUUUUAUUGAAUGUACAUACAUAUUUAUGUAUAAUACUAUAUAUUUUGUUUAACAUUCAAAGUACCAUUUUUUUAGCACUUAAUACCUCACCUUUUAUGUCAAAUUCAGCCCAUUUGAGCCGCAUUCUGGUAAAAUGUGACUUGACGCAUGUUGGCUAAGUGUCGUCCCAGAUUGGCAGUCCUCACAUGCUAAUUUGGGACGACAGUUUUCGCUUUAAUGUAUUUUUCAUUUUCAAUAAGUAUUUUAUAAGCGAAAUCAAGUUUUGAAAAGUGUCGUCGGUGAUUUCCAGCAGAAUGUUAGGAUUGCACGAGCUUAUCUGGGACGACAGACACUUUACGCACAUGCGUUACGUCCCUUUUUCCGACAGAGCGGCUCAUUUAAAAGUUGAUAAAAAAUCAGAAUGACCACAGUUCCUUAAGAUAUAUCCUCAAUAGAGAUUGUAUAUGGAACCAAAUCAUAUUAAAGCGAUAAACAAAACCACAACAACUUU